AGAACAAAAAACCGUGUCGCCUUUACUGGAAGGAUCAAGUAGCCUUUAGUGCUGCGCAUAGAAUCAUUAAAGUUUUAACAAAAGGAAAUUAGGAAAGGGAGCAUUCCCUUUAAUGUGUUUCUAAAAUUAUAAACAACUUGCUGAAACAAAAUGGAAGAGGACGACGACAGUUUUACGAACAUUUCCUUGGCUGAUGACUCAGGACACAUCACUGACAUACAGGAUUCAAGAGCGGAUAAGAUCUUUUCAACAAUGAUGAAUUCAGAUAUGGAUGCUAUUGAGGCUGAAAAUCAAGUGGAAUUGGAAGAAAAAACGCGUCUUAUUAAUCAAGUUUUAGAACUGCAGCAUACACUUGAAGAUCUGUCUGCAAGAGUAGAUGCUGUCAAAGAAGAAAAUUUGAAAUUGAAAUCAGAGAAUCAAGUUCUUGGACAAUAUAUAGAAAAUCUCAUGUCUGCCUCUAGUGUUUUUCAGACUACUGACACAAAAAGCAAACGGAAGUGAGGCAUCAAAAACCAAACUAUCAUGUUGUAUUGCUGCUGCUUUUAAUUUUAAAUUGCAUAAGCCUACAUAAUAUUCUAGAUGGUAGCAUCAUUGAAUAUUUGAAGAUUUAAUGGCAGUCCUAAACAUUUUAAACCUUUUUAAUGAACAACUAAACAGUGCAAGUCUUGGUGUUAGCUUUCAGCAAUGUGCAAAGAUAAUGUAGAGAAAACAUUGUACAGUCUGAAGACAAGUGCUUUUGAAAUUAAACAUCAAUUUUUAUUGUUUAAGAUGUCAUAUAUUGCCAGGUACUUUAAAUAUCAAAAAAUACAGUGGUACUAGCAAAAUAAUAGUGUUGUGUAGAGUGGUGUGGAAAUCCUUGUUUGGAAUGAGAUAUUUGCAUGACUUUCCCUUGGCUUCCAAAAAGUUUAAGUCCUUUCUCUCCAUUCCUCUUGAUGAUGUUCAGAAUUAUUCCAGAUAAAAGCAAACAAUGACUUGUUUUUGUUAAUACGUCAAUGCAAGUUAGAGACUUAAUAGUUGCAUUUGAUUGUUGCACAGUUGUGAAGUGGGAGAAACAUUGUAUAACUUGACACAGCUCUUUAGAACUGAAGAAUAACCUUUCCGUCCUGCUUCAAAGUAUAAAGCAUACGAAGGGAACGUGGGUCUUUUGAAGUGCUGGAAUCUUUUAAAUGUCUUCUCUAUUUUAAAGAACAGUUAGUUGCAUGACAGUUGUAAUGGUCAUAAAUGCACAAGCUUAACCUUUUAAACAGACAUUAGAUGUUUGAAGAAUUUUCAAUGAAGAUGUACUCUUAAUUAGCAUUUAGCUGCCACAUAUUUUUUAACUUUCAGGGUCAGAAUAAAGUUGCACUUUUCCAGGCAUGAACAGAGGUAUACAUUAGCAAUUUCUCCCAGCCUACCUGAUAUCAUUCAGUUAGUGUGGCUUCAGCAAGACGUAUGGGAAGUACUAGCAGUUAAGCAGUCAAACAGAUUGCAUUGUAUAUUUGCAGCCUCAUAUUAAGGAAUACACAAGUUAUGUGAAGUAAACAAAGCAUGGCAAGCUUGUAGUUUUGAUAAAUGCACUGGGGCAAAACACCUUGCAUUACAAUUUAGCUUAUAGGAUGUUAGGAGAUAGGGCUAUGUGAACUGAAAUUGCUUCUAGCUUUUGAGUUCAUCUGGGAAGCACUUCUUUAAAUCAGGGUUUUUGUGAGAUUCAGUUGUGCUUUUUCUUUUGGGUAGAUUACUGAAUGUUUUUGAAAUUACAUGUCCAGUCGAGGUCAAAUCCCUGCAAACAGUAUUCCAAUUUUCAGUAUUGACUGUACAUUGCAUAAGAAACCAAGAUAUCAUUGAGUUCCAGCUAUCAGUAUUAAUCGUGUUUAAACUUUCUGUCAAUAGAAGUAAGAAAACCACCAUCAUCCAUGGCAUAGUAGGGAUUUCCUGCAUUGUAGAUACAGGAAAGAGUAUCUAGGCAAUAUGAAUUUUUAAAAGGCCAAUUUAAAUGACCAUUGUAGGAAAGUGGUUUUCCGCUUUUGUGUGUCUAAUGAAUUGUUUCCAUACUGAUUUGUUGCCAAACAGCCUUCGUGUCUUGAUAUAGAAACUGGUUUUGGAAAGGAUGGGCUUUGGAUGUGUUUUGUGAGGCAAGUAUAACUGACGGGUGCCUUGUCCUAGCCAACACUCCAGCUGAACUGAGUGCGCCGUGAACAACAUACAAUAUUGUAUGUUGUCUAUUACAGAGAUAUAUUGUUCGUUAGGCAAGCUGUCUUUCAAUGUUGAAGAAUUCCAACAUCUAUCAGAACAGCAGCAGGAAAACUUUGAUCCUCCAGAGGUUUGGAUUUAUAACUCAUAAUUGCUUACUCAUUAGUCACAUAGGCUGGAAUUUCUGAGACCUUUGAGUCCAAAACAUCUGGCAGGUUGAUGUUACCCUAGUACUGUAUUCAUUUCAAACAUCCACUGCUCUAUAGUCCUGCUUACAUGAACAUUGCCUUCUGAAGUUGCCUGCCUGAUGCUGGUUACUCUUGUCAGAAUAGCUUUCUUCUGGUAGUGAAAUUUGGAAAUAGGUGGAAGUGUAAUCUUUUGAGCUAGAAGCCAUGUCUGUUAGUGCAGGUAGUCUUGUACCAUCUAGGUAGCUUAAUAAAAGGCAUUAUAGUUACGGCCAGUCAGGUAACCUUUGUUUGCUUGUUAACGUUUCAGAGGUUUUGAUUAACUAUUGAACAGAUUGAUUUUUAUUUCUCCAGAACUCUUUCACUCUCUCUUAAAUCCAUAAAACUGUCAAGGAAUUGCUUGACAUACACCCACAUGUGUUUUGUAGGAAAUACUUCUAACAUUUUAAGGUUAACAUUAAAUCAUGCAACUUGCAGUUUGGGAAACUGCCAUCUAAAUACAAUUGGGUAGACAAUGUAACUCUUGGUGUCCUAGAUAUUUCUUACUGUGAAGAACUCCACUGUUGUGGCCUUUGUUGAAUUAACAAUUGUUACUCCAGAAUUUACACUAAAUAAAAGCUUUAAAAUUUC